CUUAGCCUCCCCUACAUAUGAAUAACUUGUAAGAACAGCUAAGGAGGGAAGAGUGGCGUUAAUACCGGCAUUAGCCACAAUUCCCCUCCAAUGUCCAUCAAUUAGAUGAAGGCUUGGCCGGUACAUGAAGAGCUGCAAAAAGAUACUUCAAUUUUGUAUUUCCACGGUCCAUAUUUUCAGGUAUCAUGAGAAAGUUAUAAUGUACUCCCCAUCUUAACCAACCAUGCUUGGAACCAUGGAGCAAGACGAGGCACGAUUCGUGCUUACGAAUCGAUGAAAUGGGACCCGCCCUCAAGGUGACUGUGACUUGAAGAACGAAGGACCGCGCGCGCCGUAUCUUUUCUCUCGUAAGACGUAAUACUAUUGCAAACAUCCUUCUUAAAGGACACAACUUCAAGUGAAGCUCAGCAUAGCAUAGAGAGAUCUACGCGUAAGAUGGCGACGAUGACGACUGCGGAGGCUGUUGUUGGCCCAGCUACGGAGUGUGCUCCGAAGCACAGGGCUUGUGAUGAAUGCCGCACGCGUAAGCUGGCUUGCACCAAAGAGCCCGAGGGCUGCUCUCGUUGUAAGCGCGAGGGCAUCGCCUGCCACUACUCUCCCCAGAAGCAGAUGGGUCGCCCGCGAAAACGUCCCCGAGACGACGAAUCGAAUAAUGACCUCGCUGCGAAUGCGAAUGCCGCCUCCGCGAAUAAGACCGCCAUGACCGAGAUCCCGCCCGAUACCCAAGACCUCGGCUUGUCUUUUAUCGACUUUCUGGCGGCGGGCGAACCCAACGUUAAUAAUCUCGACGCGCCGAUAACUUCGCCGCAAGAGAAGGGCUUCUCGUGGUCCUUCGGGUACGCGGGGGAUAGCCUCGGGGACGUGGGCUUCGACCCUAUACCCGAGACCGCGCCGUCCUUCUCCUCGUUGAAUAUCGACCCGUCCCUCUUCGUAUCGGCCGCAGACCUGCCGAGCAUAGAUCAACUGCCGAACCUGAUGAUGCCCAGUCCAGCAGCUACAACGCCCGAAAGCAUGGGGAGUUCAUCAUGCGGUACCGCCCCGGCGGCGGCGAAACCGACGACGAGUUGCGCGCAUACCGCGGCGCUAUACCUCGCCCUCGACUCGAUGCAGAAGCAGCCCGACGGCGUCGAGGAAUCGAUCCGACACGCGCGGAAAGCGGCGCGGACGGCCUACGACGCGGUGUACUGCCCCGUGUGCUCGUUCCGGCUCGAGCCGCCGGAUCGCAACUCGGGCCCGGACAUCAUGCGCUCGUUCCAGAACCUCAUGCUGCUCGCGGCGCUGAUCCCGAGCAUCGUGCACGCCUACCAGCGGAUCCUGCACGCCGUCGACGAGGAAGCCAGCCUCGCGACGGCCGAGCGGCGGCGCCUCGUGUUCCGACUGCGCGGCUUCGGCGGCAUCCUCUGGGGCUGCGGGUCGGUGGACGAAGAGAACAUAUGCACGGCGGCGGGGAACUUGGACUGCCGGGAGAUGGAGCCGGCGAUGUGGCGGCUGACGGUGCGGGCGCUGCUCAAGGCGGACGUGUACGGACUCUCGGACCUCGACGCCGUGGAGGCGACGGAUAAUACGUUGCCGAUACAUAUCGGGCUGAAGGAUAUCGUCAGCCAGAUGGAGCAGAAGAGCCGGGCGCGGCACGCUCUUAUGGAUGCGCUGGUGGCGACGGGGAAUUGGCAGCCGCCGAACUGUGGGAUGCCGAUACAUGCGCAGGGGGAGACGCCGACGUGUCAGAAGGUUAUUGCGAUUGCGAAGGCGGCUAUUGAUGCGUUGGUUAUUGCGUGAAAAUGGGG